UGGUAUCUUUACCGAUAAAAAAGAUUGCAAUCAGGUUGAUAAUAAUGGAGUGCCGUUAGACGGAUCAUCAUCAUCUAAUCUUUUGCAUAAUCUGAUGGGUGCACAAGAGCGUUUUCACUUAGCAGUUACCGCCAAUUAAGUCUCGUCAAGGUCGUCGCCUCGCCGAUCCGACCACACCACCACUGGCGCUACCACCGUACCCAGAUAUGAUCACACCCAAUCCACAACGCUCACUGUCUGCUGGUCCCCCUGGCUCGUCUUGUCGGCACCUCCACGGAUAGAGCUCGAUCGACGACUUUUCUCCCGGCCAGGCGACGUCACCCCUGUGACGUCGAGCGCGGGGUCACGGCCACCGCUUGAUUACUUCACCUUCGCCUCCCCACUAGAAACUCGCAAGUUCUUUGUUCUCGUCUGGGUCCCUGGAACGGCCAAGAGGGGAUUAGAGAACGCGCGAAAUUUCCCGAGAAGGAGAGCACGGCUGUGGCAGUUACUAUUUCCUCUCUGAUUCGCUUUGCUCUGCGAUGAAAUCUGUGAAGUUUCAGCUGCUUGGAGCUUAAUUUCGAGCGGAAAAUCCCCGAGUUCUUGCUGGGAGAGUUUGCUAUUCUUUCCUCCUUUCUUCUAGGUUCCUGAAAAUUUCCUGCUUGGCUUGGUUUAUUAGCAUUUCUUUUGUUUCCCUUGGCGAAUUCGCCGUUUUUAGACUUGCAUGCCUCACAAAGUCCCAAUCUUGCAAGCACUUGAUAUACCAGAAAGCCAUAAAAUCCUCGUGCAAAAGGCUUGAACCUUUGGAGCAUGCGGGAAAGCUUCGAUCUUUGAGGGCCUCCCAAAGCUCGGAUUUUUCCUUGCACCGUAGCUUGAAUCACGGACCAGAUGAAAGCUUCUAGAACCUUCUAAUAGUCCUCCUAGUCCUCGAUGGAAACAUCCACCAUAAGCUUCUCUUCCCCGUCGCCCCCGUCCCCGCCGCUGCGGGCCACGCCGGCUGAGCUCGAAGCCGUCCAACUCCGCCGCCUCAGCGACAACCUUGAGCGCCUCCUCGACCCGGCCUUCCUCAACUGCGCGGACGCCGAGAUCGCCCUCGCCGCACCAGGGGGCGGCGACUCCGUCGGCAUCCACCGCUGCAUCCUCGCCGCCAGGAGCCCCUUCUUCCACGACCACUUCUCCUCCCUCCCCGCCGCCACCAACAGCGAGAAGCCGCGACUGCAGCUCGCCGAGCUGGUCCCCGGCGGCCGCCACAUCGGCCGCGACGCCCUCGUGGCCGUCCUUGGGUACCUGUACACGGGGCGCCUCAAGCUGCCGCCGCAGGAGGCGGCCGUCUGCGUGGACGAGGGGUGCAGGCACGAGGCGUGCCGGCCGGCGAUAGACUUCGUCGUCGAGUCCACGUACGCCGCCUCCGGCUUCCAUAUCUCCGAGCUCGUCUCGAUGUACCAGCGACGCUUGUCCGGCUUUCUCAGCAUAGCUCUGGAUGAGGAUGUAGUGCCAAUUGUUCGUGUUGCUUCCACCUGCCAGCUUCAGGACCUGCUCAACCAGUGCAUUCAAAGGGUUGCAGUCUCAACUCUGGACGGCCGGUACCUCGAGAAGGAGCUUCCAGGUGACGCAUACCUCAAGGUCAAGGGAAUUCGCCCGAGCACAUUUCCUAAUGAAUCAGACUGUGUCAUUGUGGACCCUGAGCAUGAGAAGAGGAUAAGGAACAUCCUCAAGGCCUUGGAUUCUGAUGAUGUUGACCUUGUUGGCAUGCUUCUGAAUGAGUCUGCAGUCACCUUGGAUGAUGCAUUCGCCAUACACUAUGCUGCAGCCUACUGUGAACCCAAGGUGUUGGCAGAAUUGCUGAAACUUGACUCGGCCAAUGUGAAUCUGAAGAAUAACAGUGGAUAUACACCGCUCCAUAUGGCUUGCAUGAGGCGAGAACCGGACAUCAUUCUUUCACUCGUGGAAAGGGGAGCAUCUGUGCUGGAAAGGACACAGGAUGGACGCGAUGCGCUUACUAUCUGCAAGAGGUUAACAAGAGAAAAAGAUUGCAACAGGAAGUUGGAGAAGUACGAGGAAAGAAGCAAGGCUUACUUGUGUAUUGACAUAUUGGAGCGAGAACUUAAGAGGAAGUCCUUCAUCUUGGACCCUAUCUCUAUAGAUGAGUCUAUUGCCACACCUUUGUUGGUUGAUAAUUUUCACAUGAGGCUCAUAAACUUGGAAAACAGAGUUGCCUUUGCAAGAAUAUUCUUCCCUUCUGAAGCCAAGCUUGUCAUGCGCAUAGCACAAGCUGAUUCAACUGAAGAGUUUGCUGGUAUCACAAAUUUCAGUACACUGAAGGAGGUUGAUCUAAAUGAGACCCCCACAAUGCAAAACAGGAGGUUACGUGAACGCCUUGAUGCCUUAACAAAGACAGUUGAACUAGGGAGACGAUACUUCCCACAUUGUUCAGAUGUUCUUGAUAAGUUCCUCAAUGAAGAAUCUACCGACUUGAUCUUCCUUGAAACUGGCACUCCAGAGGACCAGCGAGUCAAGAGGAAGCGCUUUUCUGAACUCAAAGAGGACGUGCGCAAGGCCUUUACAAAAGAUAAGGCGGCUGUUGCUGCCAUAGCUUCCUCAGCAUCCUCAUCUUCGUCUCCAAGGUAUGAAGGAAGGGGUAAACAAUCCUACAGAAAACUGAAGCCAUCACGGUGAUAUCAGUAGUGUAAGUUCAACCUGUUCAUCACAAAUGAUUUCCAGAAAGACAGGGAAGGAAGGCUUGUAGGUUGUUUUGACAACAUGAAGUGUGGUAAAGCAAUUUGGUCCUACUUGAAAAGCAUUUCUUGUAGUUGAUGUGCUCUGACAUAUAUAUGAUCCUGUUCCAGUAGAUAAUUUCUAAGUGCUGAUUGUCAAUUUUCCAGUCA